UGAUUGGCUUGAUAUAUGCUAAUAAGAAGAAGUUUCAAAACAAAGCGUGAAUUAAAUAGAAUUUAUAAAAGUUUAAAAAAAGUUUAUUUAUUUAAUAAGAACCAUACUAAAAUGGUUAAUACAAAUAAAGCUAAUCAUACCAAAACAAAACCCUUCACAAAACCCCAACAUACUAAUAAGAAUAAAAGCGGUGGACGAGGUACAGGUGGUGGAGCUCCAUACAAAAAGCCAGCACAUGGUAAAGCAGCUUUUGUAAAAUCCAAGGAGGCCCAGAGACAUGAACGUGCCAAAAAAUUCCAAGAACGUCAGGCCUUAAGAGCUCAAAAACAAAAAGAACUGGAGGAGGAACGUGCUAAAGCUAAAAAGGAAAAGGAAGAAAAGAUUAAACAAUACAAAAAGAAACGUUUGGAGAAGACUAAAGCCAUUAGUAAAAGAACACAACGUGGUCAGCCUUUAAUGAAGGAUCGUAUGCAAUUGUUAUUGAAACAGAUACAAGAAAUGAAAAAGAAUGGAUAAUAUUUUUUUACUGUUUGAUUUAAAUUUUAGAAUAGGUAAUAAAUAUAGAUUUUAUUAGA